AAGCACCAAGCAGGAGAAGACCGCAGCGCAGAGAGAGAGAGAGGGGUGGCAGCGAAAACCCAAACGGCAACGGCAACGGCAACAGAAACGAGAACCCAAAACCCGCGCGGCGCCUCAAAAACCACCCAAAGCGAAGAGCGCGGGGCAGAGAAACCAGAGCAAAGCAGCCCAGGCAGGAAGCAGAGAGCCACCACCACCGCCGCGGCGGCAUCGGCGACACACUACGCUGCCCAAGCAGCGAGCAGAGCCCACACCGCCUCGGCACCUCCCCCAUCCGCUUCCUGACCCAGCGCCUCAUCGAUUGCGAUGAUGAAGAUUCCUUCACGCGCGCCUGCCCCCUACUCGCCGUCGUUCCUAUCCGUAUAAACCCUCCCCAUUUCUCUCCUCCUAUUUCCCCCCAACCCCAACCCCUCCCUCUUGGAGAUUUUGGGGAAAAUUUUGAAUUUUGAAUAGGAGUAGAAUCGGCGGCCGCCUCCCGUGCCGAGGGAUGGCCAAGGCGGAGAAGCUGGUGGUGGAGGUGGUGGCGGCGCACAACCUCAUGCCCAAAGACGGCCAGGGCUCCUCGUCGCCGUACGUGGAGGUGGAGUUCGAGCACCAGAAGCGCCGCACGCGGGCCAGGCCCAAGGAGCUCAACCCCGUCUGGAACGAGCGCCUCGUCUUUCCCGUCUCCGACCCCGACGACCUGCCCUACCGCGCCAUCGACGUUGGGGUAUACAACGACCGCGGCGCCGCCGUCGGCGGAGGCGGCGCUCCGCACGGGCGGAACUUCCUCGGCAAGGUGCGCGUCCCGUCCGCCGGCGUGCCGGCGCCCGGCGAGGAGGCAGUACCGCAGCUCUUCACCCUCGAGAAGCGCAGCCUCUUCUCCCACAUCCGCGGCGAGAUCACCCUCAAGAUUUACCGCGUCAACUCCGGCGACGUCGUCGUCAAGUCCAAGCAGGAGAAGCCGGCGAAGGCGGUGGUGGUUGGGCCGGAGGUGGUGGCGGCGCCGACGGUGACUGGGCCCAAGAAGCAGCCGCACUCGCACCCACACCCACCGCCGCCGCAGCAGCAGCACCAGCGCCAUCCUCUGGCGGCCGUGCAGCCGCCGCCGGAGCCGCCCAUGGAUGUCAUGCCGCAACCGCCGGUCCCGAUGGCUAUGAAGCCGGUGGCGAUGCACGCGGACCCUUACCCCGUCCCGCCCAUGUUCUCCGGCCCUGCGGACUUCUCGCUGAAGGAGACGCGGCCCCGCCUCGGCAGCGGCGUCGUCGCCGACAAGGCGAGCGCGACCUACGACCUGGUGGAGCAGGUGGAGUACCUCUACGUGCGCGUGGUGCGCGCGCGCGGCGUGCCCAUGGCGACCGAGGCCGUCGCCGAGGUCAAGCUUGGCAACUACCGCGGCGUGACGCCGGCCGUCCCUUCGCACAACUGGGACCAGGUGUUCGCCUUCUCCAGGGAGACCAUCCAGUCGUCGUUCGUGGAGGUGUUCGUGCGCGCGCGGGGCAGCGACGACCACGUCGGCCGCGUCUGGUUCGACCUAUCCGAGGUUCCGCGCCGCGCGCCGCCCGACAGCACGCUCGCCCCGCAGUGGUACAGCAUGGAGGACCGCAAGGGACAGCGCGGCGGCGCGGAGGUGAUGCUCGCCGUCUGGUUCGGCACCCAGGCCGACGAGUCGUUCGCGGAGGCCUGGCACUCCAAGGCCGCCGGCGUCCACGGCAACGGGGCGCUUGGCUCCAUCAGGUCCAAGGUGUACGUCGCGCCCAAGCUCUGGUAUCUUCGUGUCUCCGUGAUUGAAGGGCAGGACCUGUUCCCCAUGGACAAGGGCCCGUUGGCGAUCGGUCGAUUCCCGGAGCUCUUCGUGCGUGCGCAGGUGGGGAGCCAGAUCAUGCGCACACGGCCGGCGCCGGUGGUGUCGACACGGGGACCUGCGAGUCCAUUCUGGAAUGAAGACCUGAUGUUCGUGGUGGCUGAGCCAUUUGAGGAGUUCCUUGUUCUGUCCGUGGAAGAUCGUGUGUCGCCAGGCCGUGAUGAGUUGCUUGGCCGGCUCGUCGUGCCGGUGUCUGCCAUUGAGAGGCGGUGGGAUUGGAAGCCAGUGGUUUCCAGGUGGUUCGGGCUGGACUGUGGUACUGGUGGUGGGGGCAAUGUUGCUGGCAACAGUGUGCACAGGUUCGGGAGCCGCCGUGUGCAUCUCCGGCUAAGUCUUGAUGGCGGUUACCAUGUUCUGGAUGAGGCUACAGCUUACAGCAGCGACCUCCAGCCUACAGCAAAACAGCUAUGGAAGCCACAUGUUGGAGUGCUCGAGCUUGGUGUUCUUGGUGCCACUGGCCUGAUGCCAAUGAAGUCACGUGAUGGUGGUAGGGGCGCGACGACGGAUGCUUAUUGCGUUGCAAAGUACGGCCAGAAGUGGAUCCGCACACGCACCAUUGUUGACUCGUUGUGCCCCCGGUGGAACGAGCAGUACACAUGGGACGUGUUCGACCCCUGCACCGUCAUCACUGUAGGUGUGUUUGACAAUUGCCAUGUUGACGGCGCAUCUGGGAGUGCUGCUCGUGACAGUUGCAUUGGCAAGGUCCGUAUCCGGCUCUCGACAUUGGAGACUGAUAGGGUGUAUACCCAUGCCUACCCUCUGCUGAUGCUGCAUCCAACGGGGGUGAAGAAGAUGGGGGAGCUUCACCUAGCCGUGCGCUUCGCCUGUGGCAACGCCGGCAACAUGUUCCAUGCCUAUGCACACCCAUUGCUUCCGAAGAUGCACUAUGCAGAGCCACUCCUCGUGCGCCAGGUCGAGACCCUUCGGUGUCAGGCCACCAACGUGGUUGCGGCCCGGCUUGGACGUGCCGAGCCACCCCUCGGCAAGGAGGUUGUCGAGUACAUGCUUGACCAUCGCUCAAGCCUGUGGAGCAUGCGGCGCAGCAAGGCAAACUUCUUCCGCCUCAUCAAUGUGCUCUCUGGCCCUGUUGCUAUCGGGAGGUGGUUCGAGCUCGUCCGCUCUUGGCAGCGCCCGGUGCACUCAUGCCUGGCCGUGUUCACGUUCCUGGUGUUCCUCGCAACGCCGGAGCUGGUUCUUCCGACAGCCUUUCUGGCCAUGGCGUUCGCUGGGCUCUGGAGGUACAGAGGCCGCCCAAGGCACCCGCCUCACAUGGAGAUGAGGCUGUCUCACGCGGACGGAGCCACCGCAGACGAGCUGGACGAGGAGUUCGACACGUUCCCUUCGACCCGCGGCGACGUCGUGCGUUUCCGGUACGACCGCCUCCGCAGCGUGGCCGGGAGGGUCCAGACGGUGGUGGGCGACAUCGCGACGCAGGGCGAGAGGAUGCAGGCCGUCCUGAGCUGGCGUGACCCGAGGGCGACGCUGCUCUUCGCCGUCGCCUGCGUCGCUGCCGCGGUGAUCGCGUAUUGCGUUCCCACGAAGGUGAUGGUUGGGAUGUGGGGCCUCUACGCCAUGCGUCCGCCGAGGUUCAGGAGCAGGAUGCCUUCCCCGCUGAUGAACUUCUUCCGAAGGCUUCCUUCCAGGGCUGAUAUCCUGCUCUGAUCCUUCCUACUGCUGUCUGGCCGGCUGGCAGUGGAUAAGUCAGUUUGGCCCUCUGAUUCAGUUAGGCGGUUUUGGCAGGAAGGGAGUGAGUCUAGGAAGAAACAAAUUAGUCUGCUGAUGUGGUGGUUGUUAGCUUGAUGUCGUUUACCCUGUUGGUGUUAGGUAUUGCAGUACUGUGUGCUAUGUGAUGCGUUUGGUAGUAGUUAGUUGUAGGCUUUGCAGUACCAGCAGCUGUUCUUGUGCUUCGGCUUAAGUUGUGCAAUGGCUAGCUGAGUAGAAGUAGUUUGGGUAGUAGGUUGUGAUGUUUUCGGCAAACUGGUGAUGGUGAGAUCAUGAGUUUCAGUUUAACUAGAGAACUGAUUUGAUCUU